AUGCUCUUUUUGGUUUGGUUUGGUUCGGUUCGGUUGCAGACACCCGUCACGGUCAAAGUUUGGGAUCAGAAUAACAAUCUCUUGAAGAGUGCUACACUCUCCGAGUCCAGUUUCACAUACACUGUCACUACUAGUGCGGUGUCCUUCUCCGUAACAGAUGCUACCGGGCUCGAAGUGACAACUAUCCCACUUGUAGUCAACCCAAAUCCAAGCUCAUCACUAACAUCGCACUCGGUUAGCUCGUCUGUGAGCAGUCAUACGACGUCAUCGGAUGACACGACAACGACGACAACGACGGCGAGCACAAGCUCAUCGCCUACAUCCACAAACUCUCUUCCUUCCAGCACUGGCUCUUCAACGACUUCCGAUGAUUUCCCCACUCCCUUCCUUCGCCCCCACUCUCACCCUCGACCUCCCCCUAUUCCCAUAGGACUUAUGGUGGUUGCUAUUGCCAUGGGGGUCGUUGGCGUACUCGUGGUGGUAAUCCUCAUUCCCCUUCUUAUUAAUUUGUGGCUUACAGGUCGUGGGCCGAGAGGGGGACCUAAAUAUGACAAGGUGAAAGGGGAUGAGGAGCAAGCGCCGGGGGAAGUGCGAGAGGAAUCGCGAGGGGAAGUGCAGGAUAGAGCGCAGGACAGAACGCAAGAGGGUGGGCAAGAGGAUGUACAAAAGGGAGGGGAAAGAGAAGCGCAAGAGGGAACGCAAGAGGGAGGCCUAUUGGGAAGGCAAGAAGGAACGCAAGAAGGAACGCAAGAGGGGGGGCAAGCGGGAGGGCAAGAGGGAACGCAGGAGGGAAUACAACAGGAGCGUGGGAGGGAGGGGCACGUAGAUUAA